GACGCCUGUACCUCGCAUCACUUGCAUCUCGACCAAGGCGCUGCUUGCCCAACGCCUUCAACUUCUGGCUCAAGCGGGCUGCCGAGCUAUGACCGCAUUGCUGAACCCUGGCCUGACCUCACCUGAAGCACCGCCGUCCAGCCUGCCUUCCGUCCAGCCUGCCAGCUCUCGUCUCAUGCCACCUGCUUGAGCCUGCAUCGCACGUGAGCCCCAGCUGCCUUGUUCGACACUGUCCAUUGUAUUUGGUGUAGAGCAGCAUCCAGCUCAUCCAUAGCCUUGCGCCCACGCCCCGACAUCUACGCCCGCCGUCGCACCGCCGUCGCCGAGCACCAUGGCUCAGCCGUGGGACUACAUAGCAAAGAUUGUUUCGCUGGGCGACUCGGGCUGCGGUAAAUCCAGUCUUACCGUCCGCCUAUGCGAAGGCCGCUUCUCACCACACCACGACGUAACUAUCGGUGUAGAAUUCGGAUCGCGCAUUGUACCAGUCGGGCCCCCGGCUUCGUAUGCCCUCAAUAUCAACAACCCGGCCAAAACCUCACAAGCCCCAGCGCCCGUGUCGCCCUCGAAGCAAAAACAAGAACAAAAGCACAUGAAGCUGUCGCUGUGGGACACGGCGGGACAGGAGACGUACAAGAGCAUCACACGAAGCUACUUCCGAGGCGCUUCAGGCGCAUUGUUGGUGUUUGACAUUUCGCGCAAAAACACGUUUCUGUCGGCGACGUCAUGGCUGCACGACCUGCGGCAAAUCGCCGAGGAGGGCAUUGUAGUGGUGCUUGUGGGCAACAAGUCUGAUCUGGCGGGCUCUUCGACGGUGUCGGGUUCGGAAGCCGCAAACAAGCGGCAGGUGACAAGAGAAGAGGCCGAGGAGUGGUGCAAAGCAAAUGGCGUCAUGCAGUACGUUGAGACGAGCGCCAAGAGCGGCGAGGGCGUGGAACGAGCCUUUCUUGAAGUGGCGGAGCGGAUAUAUCAGAACAUUGAGGCGGGCAAAUACGACCUGAAUGACCGGCGGAGUGGCGUCAAAGGGCCCGGAGGCGGAGGCGCAAACCGAGCAGGCAUUAAUCUGAACGAUGCAAGCAGGAAGGGAAAGCAACAAGGCUGGGGUGGAUGUUGCUGAGCGUUGGUAUUGGUAUUGGUAUACAAGGGAAGAUGACUAUUUUUUCUUACAAGCGAUGUUGAUACAAACAUCACGGAUCACGUCAGCGCUAUUGCUGGACGUUGAAUGCAGCAAGCGAUGCUCAGCUUCUACACAUAUGCGGCGAUGAUAAUACACCUAGAUAGGAUUCACAAUUUGAACCAGAUAUGCCUCUGUGGCAU